UGUUUUAUUGACGUAGCAACACUUCCCUCUCUCUCUUCUCAAUAAUUCAUUUUUCCGCUCCACGUAUUCGCAUUUCCCUCUUGUAUGGCAUCUCCUCUUCAUCAUCAACCAAUUUUCUUUCUUGUAGUUCCAUUCGUAUGCGUUCAUACUCGGCCCUCAAUUCUAGCAAUUGAGAAUUGUAGAUUUCCGAAGUCUCAGCAACACCUUUCCUUUCUUCCUCGCCUUUUGUUUGUCAAGUCCCUCGGGGAGAGUUAAGACGAAGGUUAGACACAUGUGGUAUUAUUUUGGUUCCAAAAUUUCCGUUAAUGCGAUCUUGUCUAUCAAUUUAGAAAAUGGAGGAAAGCGGAUGAAUCUGAUGUCUAGAAGGUGGGUUGUGAAUAUUACAACCCAGGUUGUGACCCAAUGUCAUCCCAUUUGAAUUUGAAAGAUAUUGCUUCAUUGAUCAAGUAUCGGGCUUAUGCUAACGAGGUUCGGAGGGACAAGGAGAUGUUUGCAGAUGGAGGGACGAAAAAGGUUCGGCUCAGUUCAACGAAUUAUUCCCUGUGGGAGUUCCAGCUCCGAGUGUUAGUUGAAGGAAGGGGCUUACUUGGUAUACUGAAUGGGACUACUGCACCACCUGGCGUGACAAGCCAACUCGAAGGAGAUCACUAUGUGGGCUCAAAACAAUGCAAGAGUGAGGUCAUGGAUGUUGGGAUGCAUCGGUCCGUCGACUUACUUGAGUCUGCGUCUGUUUCCCAUGAUAAACAGGAUGUGGCCAUGGAUUUCAAUACCUAAUAAACCUCAUAAUCAUCCAAAUACACUUUUAGAAACUAG